UGAAGAUGAAGUUUUGAGAUUAUUAAUAUCAAAAUUAUCUCAUAUAGAUCAUCUAUCCUGCCAAUACAUUAAGAAAGAUAGUUCAAUUUGUAGGAAAGGAUGCUGGCACGAAUUAGGUUGUGCCAUACACUAUAAAACACGUUCUAAAAAAUUAUAUCUUAUCUGUAAUAAGUUAACCAAUUCUUAUACCGGGAUCUGUAGCUCACAUGGUGAAAUUUAUAAGAAAGCCUGGCGUGAAGGUAAAAAAGUUAAAAUAGAAUCAGAUAUGAUAGAGACACCUAGCUGA